AUGUCAAAUCAACCAUUCACGUUCCCACCGCCGCCUCCUCCGCCUCCCAGACGAACAGCGGAUGUGAAUCCACAGCAGAGCAAUGCUUAUUACAAUGGACGCAGUUCGUAUAGAGGGGGUGGAGGAUCCAAUAGAGGUCACAACCGAGGCGGUCGUGGAGGUGCCUUCUCAGAUCACCAACCAACCUUCCAACGGCAAGAGCAGAGUGGAUCGACAGCGAGGCCAUAUGGCAACCAUGCACCUCGAGGCAAUUCCCAAAUGGGCCACGCGCCUCGAGGAAGUCCAUAUAUGAACCCUCCGCAAAAGAGGAACCAUACUGCUGCCUUUAUGCAGCAAAACAAGCCUCGCUCUCGCCCUACCGCACCACCCCCGGUCCCAAGUUUCAAUGCAUCCAUUGCCCAUCUCCUUCCUGUGAAGCCUCCGGCCACCCCUACACCUGCGACCAAUCCAAGUGGUCCUUAUGCCACCAAGCAACCAAAUCCAUCGGCGCAGCCCAAGAAGAAUCUCCUUGGCCUUACCCCGGCUCAUCCAGACGAUCUAUCAUCAUCGGAGGACGAUGAAGAUGAGGAGGCCCGAUUGAUCGGAACCCUCAAUACCAUGAGCACGUGCACAGCAACUCCCGGCCUUUCCUUCUCCUACAAAGGCCAACUUUCAUCACUGAAAACCGCAGAAGAAAUCAAAGCGUGGAUAGCCGAACGAAGACAACGAUUUCCGACGGCGGCUAAAGCAGAUGCGGCAAAGAAGGAAAGGGAGGAGAAAAAGCGGAAGUGGGAAGAGGAAAAGGCAGAAAGAUGGAAAAAGAUGGAAAAUCAACGUGCUGAGAGAAAGUUGCGAUACGAAGAAGAGAAAAGUGCCAGAGAACUCGCUCGACAGAUGUCUGCCGUGGAGAAGGUGAUCCAGUCUCAGAAUAAAGCCAAGGAGACUGAAUCCAAAGUUACGCCUACCAGUAAAGCAGAAGCACUAGCAGAGAAACUACGCAAACGGGCCCUCAAGGCUGAGAACGCGCUGAAGAAAGCCGAGGAAGCGUUGCGGAUAGCCAGGGAAAAGGCACUCAAAUCUGAGGGUGGGGACUUACCAGCCGACAGUACCAUCGAAGCAGCCAGCAGUGUCAUGAUUGACCCGGACGAGACCUCCUCUUCUGGAUCCUCGGACUCAGAUAGCGACGCGUCAGGCUCGACAUCUUCCUCCGACGACGGCACUGACAGUGAUAGCGAUGCAUCAGCAGCUCCCGAGACUAUCAGCACCAAAGACCCUAGUCUCGCCAACCUGCCGCCCCUCCCGUCCGCACAACGUGCUCAGACGGCCAAAAAGCUUCGCCCCUGUGGCAAUUUCAUGCGGUUCAAACGCUGUCGCUAUGGCUCCGGGUGCCGAUACUCGCACGAUCUAAAAGGGCAAGCUGGCCAGGAAGGUGACGGCAUGCAAGGAUCAUCCAAGGACCAGAAGGGGAAGAAGUCAGCUGCUCCUGACGCUAGAUCAGGCACAGCGCGGAGGAAGGGUUUAUAUCAGGUCAUGGUGCAGAAGGAAGAGGAAGAGGCACGAAGGAAAGUCGUCAUGGCGAUUCUUCGGCUGGGUGAGCAGGGUCUCUUGGAUGAUCCUUCCCUUGCUGGUACCUGA